AUGUUGUCCGCCGGCCUUGUUGUCUUGCUUGGCUUUAUUCCCCAGGUUCUCAGCGACACCUCGACUGAUAUUUGUUUACCGCAAGAUACUAUGCGUCCUACAUUUUUGCUCUUUUCGGGGCUGGGGGCUUGUGCUGCUGCUGGCAAGGGUGAUGACUUUGCGGCUAAAUGCGCUGGUUUCAAGAACUCGCUGAAGCUGCCCAACACCAAGGUCUGGUUCACUGAGCACGUGCCUGCUGGGAAAAACAUCACUUUUCCUGACAACCACCCAACAUGCACGCCCAAGAGCACCAUCACUGAUGUUGAGAUCUGCCGUGUGGCUAUGUUUGUCACCACCGGUCCCAAGUCAAACCUUACCCUUGAGGCUUGGCUUCCUUCCAACUGGACCGGCCGAUUCCUGAGCACUGGAAAUGGUGGAAUGGCUGGAUGUAUCCAGUACGAUGACGUUGCUUACGGUGCUGGCUUUGGCUUUGCGACUGUUGGAGCUAACAACGGUCAUAACGGCACUUCAGCUGCCCCCAUGUACAAGAACUCGGGAGUGGUCGAGGAUUAUGUUUACCGUUCAGUCCACACUGGAACUGUUCUGGGUAAAGAGCUUACGAAGAAGUUCUACGGCAAGAAGCAUACCAAGUCUUACUAUCUUGGAUGCUCAACUGGUGGACGACAAGGAUGGAAGGAGGCGCAGAGCUUCCCUGAUGAUUUCGAUGGUAUUGUGGCUGGUGCUCCCGCCAUGCGCUUCAACGGUCUGCAGUCCCGCUCUGGAAGCUUCUGGGGUAUCACUGGCCCCCCUGGAGCAGCUACCCAUCUCAGCCCUGAGCAAUGGGCCAUGGUCCAAAAGAACGUCUUGGUUCAAUGCGACGAGCCACUUGACGGUGUUGCAGAUGGUAUUCUCGAGGACCCCAACCUUUGCCAGUACCGCCCUGAGGCUCUCGUCUGCAGCAAGGGCCAAACCAAAAAUUGCCUGACUGGGCCCCAGAUCGAGACAGUCCGUAAGGUCUUUGGUCCUCUCUAUGGUAACAACGGCACAUACAUCUACCCUCGAAUUCCCCCUGGGGCCGAUCAGGGCUUCGGUUUUGCGAUCGGCGAGACGCCCUUCCCUUACUCUACGGAAUGGUUCCAGUAUGUUAUUUGGAACGAUACCAAGUGGGAUCCCAGCACCAUUGGACCGAAUGAUUACCAGAAGGCUUCUGAGGUCAACCCAUUCAACGUCGAGACAUGGGAGGGAGACCUUUCCAAGUUCCGCAAGCGUGGAUCCAAGAUCAUUCACUGGCACGGUCUCGAGGAUGGUCUCAUCAGCUCCGACAACUCAAUGGAAUACUACAACCACGUCUCAGCUACCAUGGGUCUCAGCAACACUGAGCUUGAUGAGUUCUACCGAUACUUCCGUGUCAGUGGCUGCGGUCAUUGCUCAGGCGGAAUUGGAGCCAAUCGCAUUGGAAAUAACCGCGCCAACUUGGGUGGCAAGGAGGCAAGUAACAACGUUCUUCUCGCUCUCGUCAAGUGGGUUGAGGAAGGCAAGGCACCCGAGACUAUCACCGGUGUUCGCUACGUCAACGGUGCUACCACUGGAAAGGUCGAAGUUGAGCGAAGACACUGCCGUUAUCCUUACCGCAAUGUCUGGGACCGUAAGGGCAACUACAAGAACCCCGACAGCUGGAAGUGCGAGCUGCCCAAGUAA